ACUAGUAUUUCAAAAUGAAUCCCUCCAAUAUUUCUUUUGCAAUUUCCCUGUUCCUCUUCCCUUGGUGUCUUCUUUUACCUUCUAAUCUCAUCUUCGCAAUGAUUGAGGACCAGAUUUCUCUCUUAGAAUUCAAAAAGGGAAUUAUUGCUGAUCCUUUUCAUGCUCUCACUGACUGGAAUGAGACUAAUCCUCUCUGCAAUUGGCAUGGUGUUGUCUGCAAUCCGAAUUCUGAAAGAGCGAUCAGGCUAGAUCUGAAGGGCAAAAGCCUUGUUGGAACUAUCUCUCCAUACCUCUCCAAUCUUUCUAGCUUAGAACUACUUGAAUUGUCUGAUAAUUACCUUCAAGGUCCAAUUCCUGUAGAGAUAGGACUUUUAUCAAAUCUAGAACUACUUGGAAUAGAAGGAAAUGAGAUAGAAAGUGAAAUCCCUGAGAGUUUUGGCAAAUUUAUGAAGCUUCGAUACAUUGGCCUCAGCAACAACAAGCUUUACGGCAAGCUUCCUACCUCUCUCUUCUACAACUGUACAAAACUGAGUUACUUGGAUCUCUCCAAUAACUCCUUCACGGGUUCAUUUCCUCCACAGAUUGGGAACAAACUUCUUCUACUUGAGAACAUCCUUCUCUAUCAGAACAAACUGACCGGUGACAUUCCAGCAACAUUUUCGAACUUAACACAAGUGGUGGAAAUUGAUCUUGAGGAAAAUUUUUUUGCAGGUGUAUUACCAUCACACAUUUUGAGCCACAUGCCCUAUUUGCAGAUACUCCAUCUCUCCUACAAUAACUUCUCAAGCGAUGAGCAGAAUUCAAAUCUCAACCCAUUCUUUAACACUAUAUCAAAUCUCACAAAUCUCAAAGAGCUUGAGCUAUCUGGAAACAACCUUGGAGGUAGGAUUCCUCUGACAAUAGGUCAACUAAGUGUCAAUCUUACAGAGAUUGAUCUUGGAGAAAAUUCUAUCCAUGGAAACAUCCCAACAAAUGUUUCCAAUCUCUCAAAACUCAUGCUGCUCGACUUAUCAAACAAUUUUUUGAAUGAAACCAUUCCCAUGGAAUUGAUUCUUCUGCCCAAUCUACAAAGGCUGUGGCUCUCUAAUAAUUUGUUAAGUGGCCCAAUUCCUUCACCUCCUCGUGUUCUAAAUAGUAUAGGGCUGUUAGAUUUAUCAAGAAACAAGCUUUUUGGAGCCAUCCCAACCUCUCUAUCAAACCUAACUCAGCUGAGAACUCUCAUACUUGAUAGAAAUUCCCUUUCAGGACAUAUACCUCCAAGUCUAGGAAGCACAAAGCUAGAACUCCUUGAUUUGUCCCACAAUAGGCUUGCAGGAAUAGUACCUGUAGAAGUUGCAAGUUUGAGCUCAAUGGCCUUUUACUUCAAUUUGUCACACAAUUUUCUUGGAGGAAUGCUCCCCAUGGAGCUGGGUAAUAUGAACAAGGUCAGAGCCAUAGACCUUUCAUCAAACAACUUCUACGGAAGUAUUCCGCCCACCCUUGCAGGUUGCGAAGACGUUGAGGUGCUUAACUUGUCCAACAAUAGCCUUCAAGGUGCAGUCCCUUCAUCCUUGGGCCAUUUACUGAACCUCCAAUCCUUAGACCUCUCAUCAAAUUUCCUCUCAGGAGAAAUUCCAGAUUCUCUUAAACAAUGCUCCAGCCUCAAGCAACUUGAUGUCUCAUUCAACAACUUCAGUGGAGCAAUACCCAGUGGUGGGGUUUUUGAUAUAUUAACAUUUGAAUCUAUUGAAGGAAACCAUUUCUGUGGACAAAUUCCAGGGCUUCCCAAUUGUAAGCAUGGGGCUCGAAUAAGAAUAAAUUCUAGAAGAUCCUUUGCCCUGCUCAUAAUCUCUGUCUCCCUGUCUGCUUUCUUCCUUACAGUCAUAACAGUGGUUGGUUACAGGAAUAUUAAAACUGCAUUGAUUAAUACUUUCAACACUGUUUCAAGUAAAUCAGUUCCUUAUCUAUCAACAAAUUACCCAAGGAUUACAUACAGAGAACUUUUUGAAGCAACGAGAGGAUUUCGCGAAGAAAGACUGAUUGGUUCUGGGAGUUUUGGGCGUGUUUAUAAAGGAAUCAUGGGUGAUGGAACAGUGGUUGCUGUAAAAGUUCUUCAAUUACAGAGCAGUAACUCAACGAGGAGCUUCAACAGAGAAUGUCAGGUCCUCAAGAGAAUUCGGCACAGGAACUUAAUAAGGAUCAUAACAGCUUGCAGUCUUGCAAAUUUUAAAGCUCUAGUACUUCCUUUCAUGACUAACGGUAGCUUGGAGAACCAUUUAUACCCACAAGAGCAGAAUUCGGGAUUCUCAGAGCUGAGCAUCAUGGAUUGUAUAAGUAUCUGCAGUGACAUUGCUGCGGGUAUGGCAUAUUUGCACCACCAUUCUCCAGUUCAGGUCAUUCACUGCGAUUUGAAGCCAAGUAAUAUUCUUCUCAAUGAUGACAUGAAUGCUCUUGUAUCAGAUUUUGGAAUUUCUAGACUAGUGAUGACAGUUACAGAGGGAAAUCCCUUUGGUGAGAGCACAACAAAUUCAGCAGCAAACCUGCUUUGUGGAUCGAUUGGGUACGUUGCUCCUGAGUACGGAUAUGGGAGAACUGCAUCAACAAAGGGGGAUGUCUACAGCUUUGGUGUUCUUGCCCUUGAAAUGGUCACAAGGAAGAGACCUACUGAUGAUAUAUUCACAGAAGGAUUAAUUCUGCCGAAAUGGGUUAGAAACCAUUUUCCUACUCAGCAAGAAAAGAUUAUCAGCUCAACAAUAAUGCAAGAACUACAGAAUCAGAGCCAAGAAAAAAGAAACAUGUGGGAAGUUGCAAUCAAGGAGCUGAUUGAACAAGGGAUUCUCUGCACACAAGAGACCCCUUCGAUGAGGCCAACAAUGAUUGAUGUUGCAGAUGAUUUGGAAAGACUUAAAGGAUAUUUAGGAGAUGUAUCUUCAUCAACAGAUGCAGAAGAACAGCACCGGUAAAUUUUAAUCCUGUUUGGUUACACAAGCCAGCAGUUUUGCAUAAACAUUGUAAUUGUAAAACAGUUGAAUCAAGGGUUUUAACUGAAAUAUAAACAGAUGA